CGGAGAGCGGCGGCUGGAAAGGAGCCUGGCGCGGGUUCAGCGACACCCCAUCCUUCGGGCCCGGCUGACGCGACCUCCAGUUCCUGCAGCGGCCUGUUUUCCGGCGGAGGCGGAGAUCCACGCGAAUCCGGUGAAGUCCGGCCGCGUCGAGCGCGGCCGCCCGAAGGAUUGCAAUGCAGCCCGACCGCGGCGGCCGGCCCCGAAGGGGAGGCGGCCGCCCCAACCGGAGACGGCCGGGCGGAAGGGAGAAGCCGGCGGAGAGCAGCGGCGACGACAGUCACAGCCGAGGAGGCGGGGGACGCGGCAGGCGGGGAGCCCGCGGCAGGGCAGCCGCUUCCGCUCCCUUCGCGCCUCGCAGCUGUGAGUCGGCUACUGCUGAACCUGAAACGGGCAAAGAAGACCGGGGAAGUUAUUCAAGAAGAAAGCUAGUCUCCAACUGGCACCGUUAUGAAGAAAGUGAGAAAGAAACACAAAAUGGCAGUGGUGAAUCUCAGCGUGGGACAGACUUCAGUGUACUGCUUAGCUCAGCAGGAGAUUCCUUUACUCAAUUCAGAUUUGCUGAAGAAAAAGAGUGGAUUUCAGAAAACCUUUGUCCAAAGCAGUUGUCAGGAUUGUACGUUGACUGCCAGUCCUUGGUUCAAGCGCUUGAAGAGCUUCCUCUGCACCUCAAACUCAACGUGGCUGCUGAACUGGUACAGGAUGCAACUCCAGUCACACUUCCCCAGAUUAAGCUACAAAGUCAUGAUAUGACCAAGAAAAGUGGCGAUCAUUUGCAACAGCAAAAGAGAGAUGGGUCGCACUGUUAUCCCAAGGAAGAUUCUGCUGUUCCUUUGACUUUGUCGAAUAAAGAUGGAUCUGGAAUGUCUUCAGAGGCUCUUCAGAGAAAUCCUUCAAGUUUACAUCAAGUAAUAGAUCAUUUGGAUGAAGAUCUUGAUCUGCUCCUGAAAUUAGAUGCUCCUAUUAAUCCUGAAAGCAAUAUUGCUUUGAAAGUGGUAGCAGAUGGCCUGCCAUCUGGGGAUGAUUUGACAAAGACUUUUGAAGAAACUGAUCACUUAGAACCAGGUAGAACUGAAGAAAUUUGCUCAACAUCUCAACUGCCAGAAGCUGCCUCCAAAAAUAUUACUGAAGAGGAACUUGAGGACUGGUUAGAUAGUAUGAUCUCCUAAAAGCUACAUUUUGUUUAUCAGAUAAUACACAUAUGUGAAAAAUAAUUUAAGAUGACAGUUCCUAAUUGUAAAAAAUGUUUACAAAUAUUGGUGACUGGCUGAACCUGAAGCUUAAAAAUGCUAUUUGUGUAUUUGCAGCGUUCUGGAUUUUAUUGCCUUAAGAAAUCUAACAAUAUUAAUUUGAAGUUGUAAAAGUAUAAAAGCCUAUUUAGAGUCUAUGAACUAAAAUAAAUUACAUUUGCAAGUACAA